AUGUAUAGAACAAAUUUACUCCUCGCAGUGCUGGCACUGCUCACGGCAUCUGCUCACGCCCAUACGGUCUUCACCACCCUCUACGUCGACGGAGAGAGCCAAGGCGACGGGGUGUGUGUCCGCAUGAACCAAAACCCCAGCAAAGCGAGCUUCCCCAUCGAGCCUCUCUCCAGCAAGAACGUCGCCUGCGGCUACGACGGCGAGAAAGGCGUCGCGCGCGUCUGCCCCGCCAAAGCCUCGUCAACGCUCACCUUCGAAUUCCGCGAGUACGCCGACAACUCGCAGCCGGGCUCCAUCGACGAAAGCCACAAGGGCCCCUGCGCCGUCUACAUGAAGAAAGUCGCCGACGCGACGGCGGACAACAACGCCGCCGGCGACGGGUGGUUCAAGAUCUGGCAGGCGGACUACGACGCGGCCAGCGGCAAGUGGUGCACGGAGAAGAUGAUCGAGAAUAAUGGGCACAUCUCCGUGCAGAUCCCCUCGGAUAUCGAGGCGGGAUACUACCUGGUGCGGCCGGAGUUGCUGGCGCUGCAUGCGGCGCAGGAUAGCCCGCCGGAUCCGCAGUUCUACGUCGGCUGUGCGCAGGUGUUUGUGCAGUCGACCGGGACGGCGAAGCCGGCGACGGUGACGAUUGGCGAGGGGACGUAUGAUCUGAGUCUGCCCGGCAUGACGUACAACAUCUACCAAACGCCGUUGUCGCUGCCGUACCCGAUGUACGGGCCGCCGGUGUACGAGGCUGGGGCCAAUGCUGAGGCUGGCAAGACUGGGUCAGUGCCGACCAACGUUUGCAGGAACAAGCGGGCCAUGCUGGUCCAGAACAAAGGUCUCAAGCCAGAGGGGUGUAUCCUGGUCCGAGAUAACUGGUGCGGUUUCGAGGUGCCGUCGUAUACAGACGAAGAGGGCUGCUGGGCUUCAUCGAAGAACUGCUGGGAUCAAGCCGAUGUCUGCUGGAACACGGCGCCUCCAACGGGGUCGGCGCAUUGCCAGAUCUGGUCGGACAAAUGCACGGCUCUUGAUGAAUCGUGCAGCAACAAGGUGUGGCCGGGUCCUCCGAACGCAGGCAAGGACCUCACCCCGACGCCGUCUCCGUUGGUGGGAUCAAUCAAAGUAUUUGAGCGUGGGGUCCGGACGCAUAUCAAGAGAAGAAGAUAUACUCAUGUUUGA